GGAGAUGGCUGUGGAGAGAGAGAUUGUGGAGUGUAGCGGCGAGGAGCAACGGAAGGCCGGUACCACCGGCUGUGAGGAGCUGCAGAGUGGAGGAGAAGCCUGUAUGGGUUACCGAAAUGACUGAAAGUGUCAAAGUUUUAUUAGAGGAGAAAAUGAGGGAGAUGGAAGCAGCUGUCAAUGCAGAGAGGGAACUGCGGCAGCAACAGGAGGCUAGACUCAAAGCGGAGCUGGCCUCUCUUGAGCGAGAUCUCCAGGAGAGUAAAGAGAAGGAGAGCCUUGUGGCCUCUCUGGAGAAGUGCCUCCAAGAGGGCAAAGAGAGAGAAAGGAGCCUGGUGGAGGAGGGUGCCAAGAGGGAGGCGCAGUUCAAAGAGCUGCUCAGGAGCCUGGAAGCCGAGAAGGACAACCUGGAGGAGCGUCUGACGAACCAGCUGUCCCAGCUCAAUGGCAGCAUCGCAGACUACCAGCAGGAGGCGGCGGACAACCGGGAGCACUUGGCCGAGCUGCAGCGGGAGGUGGAGCGGUUGGCGAGGGAGCGGGCCGAGUUGGAGGCUGAGGCGCAGAGCGAGAGCGACCGGGCCGCCAGGCUGGAGGAGGACAUGAGGCAAGCACAGAGAGAGAGAACAGAAGCAGAGUCUGGUAAGCAGGAGGAGCUGCUGAGGGAGAAGCAGCUGCAGAGGGACUGCAUCAAGUACCAGGAGAGGAUCAGCGAGAUGGGUAGAGACGCUAAGGCGCUGCAGCAAGGUUACAACGAGCUCCAGAAUAAGCUAGGACAAUCCCAGCUGGAGACUUUGAAAACUCUAGAAGCCCUGAAAAGGACAGAAGCAGAGUUGGAUACCUGUAAACCUCAGCUGGAUGAGUCCCAGAAGCAGGCAAGCGUAGCUAUAGCGGAGAGGAGUAUCAUGGAGCAGAACGCCCAACACAGAGAGGCCUCGAUGAAGGCAGAGGUGGAGCAGACCCUGGACUCUGUGAGGUUCAGACUCGGAGGCGAACUGAAGGAGAUGGAGCUGAGACUGGACAAGGUGGACAGAAGCGGAACUAUGACACUAGGACAAGAGGGCAGCAUUUCUGGGCCGGGGAGCUGGUCUGGGUCUACAGCCCACAACGGAAGAAAGGCCGGUGCCCAAAACUGGACAGUCAGUGGGUUGGUCCCUGCAGAGUACUGGAGAGGGUGGGGGUAGUGUUUGUGCUGAGUUUUAUUUGUUCCUCGUGGGCGAGGAACUUUG